UGCGGGUGUGACGUGGGAAUUGUGGGUGCAAGAGCGAGGCGAUAUUUAGGGUCUUUCAAAAGCUUCGAGGCACGUGCACUAGCGUGUAUCUCCUUCACUUGAGCCGUGAAGCUUUACACUUCGAUGGUCAUGAUGAGACAAUCACCACAACAAUUACUACGAAUACUUGUCAUUUGUGACCCAGCAAAUAGACAGAGAGUCAAAAAUGAGUACUUGACAGUCAGUCGUUACUUAUCUUGCAACUUGGAUUCUUCAGCUGGGUCACCUCGAGUCAGGUCUGAGUCAUGAUUCAACUUCGCCUUGUCCAAGAUUUCCCUGGCAAUGACUUGUUUGGAGGAAACAAUGAUGCGUGGUUCUUCUUCCACAUUACUGCCAAGACGUGCACUUGACUCUGGUGCUCCAGGUGGGAACGAGAAUCAUCUUCGAGCUGUUUUACCACUGCUUUAUUGCCCGGGAAAUUGAAUUAAAUUCUACCUUCAACGCAAUCUCAAGAUCUCUUAUGCCGAACUCUGGCUCAUCAGCUGCUCUCCUCUGCCCUGCUGCAUUCUCGCUACUCUUAACACAUUUCUUUGCCAUGUGGUGGCUAAGUCUACUUCCACUGUCCACUUUGACCGAAAAUUGCAAUGAGAAUACUCCUCGUUAUUUAUCGUUUGUUGGUAGAAGAGUGCGCAGCUUUUUAUCUUGUUGUCUUCAUCCGCCGCCAAGGCAUUUUGCAUGAUGAACUAUCUAGGUAUGGUCUCAAUUGACAGCAGGGCUACGAGACCGGUAGUGACGGUGCCAUGUUUGACCUGAUAUUUUCACAUCUUCCUGGUAUGUAACAUGCCAUGUCCUUCCUUGUAGGAACCACGCUGAAGUAUAUCCGCGAGUCUUGGUCGCCCCUUUCGUUGCUUGGCUAAUCCAUUCAAGUUCCACAAAGGUAAACCUUGAUGAAGGCAAAAAGUCAUCAGCAUUAUAGAAGCAUUAGACCUCUGUGAUCUUUCCUCACUUUUUCCUUGUAUUCUUGUAGAUUAACCCUCUCGGAAGGAUAUUCCGUGUCUAUAAUGGCUUUUCCUUCGAUCGGACUGAUACUUCUCAUAGCUCUUCUGAAUAGUGUCACUGGGCUUCCCAACAACGUCCUCCGUAUCACACCGGAAAAUUUUGCCGACAUAGAUACCUUUAGCAAUGCUUCGGUCAGCUCAGGAGUCCAGUUUCAAGUUUACGACGAUGCUUUUCUACCAAUCUUGGGCGACGCUCCCAACGCUCUCUUUAAUUCUUAACUCUGCAAAUACCAGCUUCCCUCAAUUCCAUGAAGCUGCUAUACUUGCUAGUAGCAAUCCACCGGUCCUUUUUGUUUCUUCUAACCAGUAUAACUUCUCUGGAAUGAACUCUCCCAAUACAAAUCAGAAAGCCGUUGUUAUUUCACGAAUCACCCAAGAUCCUACAACCCAAAUCUGGUCUUCGGAAACCAUCACUCCAACAGGGAGAGAAAUCCACCUUGCAAAUGGCGGAACACUCUCACCUGACGGAAACUUGAUUUUCUGUGCACAAGGAGACCUUGCUCAUCCUAGCGGGCUCUUGAGGCUCAACCCAACGUCGCCGUUCGCCACGACAAGUCUGAUCAACAACUACCUUGGCAUACCCUUCAACUCUCCGAAGGAUGUGGUACGGACUUCAGAUGGCGCUCUUUGGUUCACAGAUCCCCAAUUCGGGUUCAUUCAGAACAUUCGACCCGCUCCUCAACUCCCAGCCCAAGUCUACCGCUGGGUACCAGGCACAACAGAUCUCCGCGUCGUCGCAGAUGGACUUGCAGCUCCUAAUGGCAUAGGCUUUUCUCCGGAUGAAAAAAUUGCCUAUAUAACUGAUACGGCUCAAAGCUCCACAGCCCCAACGGCAGCAAAGACUAUAUACGCUUACGAUGUGAUCACUGCUGGCUCUGGACCUUUGCUGUCAAAUAAGCGCACAUUUACCAUGCCCUCUGUAGGAAUUCCUAAUGGAAUCAAGACAGAUAAGGCAGGUAAUGUGUAUGUUGGAUGUGGGGAUGGUGUCAGUAUCUGGAACCCACAGGGAAAACUACUGGGUAAGAUCCUUGUGUCCGGAGGUGCAGCCAAUUUCGUUCUGGGCGAAAAUGGCAUGGUUUUUCUGUUGAACGAAGACAAGUUGUUCUUGGCAACGUUAGGCGGGCUCCCAGGAGCAGCAAUCCAGCCAAAAUCUGCUGUCUUUGGGAUUGCCAGCAACUUUAGAGCUUGAAAAUGUCAGCAUAUCUCGCAUUCACCGGUCUCUCAAGGCACACUAGAGCCAUCGCCCAGAAAAGCUUCAGGGCAUACGGAUGAAACAUAUUUUAAAGACUGGACAGACACAUCUAAAGUUGUUGUGGAUCGAAGCUGAGUCGCUUGCCACCGAAUUUUGCAAAUGACUUUAGAACCGCUUCAGCUGUGGCAUAAAGUCAUAGAGAGUCUUGGAAUUAUGGCGAACCUCUGAAGUCGUUUAAAAUCUAGCUUGGUCAUUGUAUGGUAAAUAAAAGACUAGCAGUUGUACCAACCGCUCUGCGCGCAA